GAAGGGGCGGGACCUCGAGAGCAACGGAAGCCGGAAGUGAAAAUCUGAGCUACGCGUGGGGCGAUGUCAGCUAGUGGGGCUGUGGAGCCCGGGCCCCUGGGGGCUACCGCGGCUCCCUCCCCAGCCCCGGCCCAGCCGCCAGCCACAGGGCACUUGUUCCGGCCCAUCAGCGCCGAGGACGAGGAACAGCAGCCCACCGAGAUCGAGUCGCUGUGUAUGAACUGUUACCGCAAUGGCACGACGCGCCUCCUGCUCACCAAGAUCCCCUUCUUCAGAGAAAUAAUCGUGAGCUCCUUUUCCUGCGAGCACUGUGGCUGGAACAACACGGAGAUCCAAUCGGCAGGCAGGAUCCAGGACCAGGGAGUGCGCUACACUUUGACCGUCAGUAGUGUGGAGGACAUGAACAGAGAAGUGGUGAAGACUGAUUCUGCCACCACAAGGAUCCCUGAGCUGGACUUCGAAAUUCCAGCUUUCAGCCAGAAGGGAGCUUUGACCACUGUUGAAGGAUUGAUCAACCGCACUAUCUCUGGCCUGGAGCAGGACCAGCCCACGCGAAGGGCAAGUGAAGAAGCCGUAGCUGAAAGAAUUGAUGAGUUCAUUGUCAAACUGAAGGAGCUGAAGCAAGUGGCCUCCCCUUUUACCCUGAUCAUCGAUGAUCCCUCGGGGAAUAGCUUUGUAGAAAACCCGCAUGCUCCCCAGAAAGAUGAUUCCCUGGUGAUCACACACUACCGCCGGACCCUACAGCAGAAUGAGACGCUGGGGCUCCAAGCCGAAGGACCAGAAGAAAAGCUGGAAGAAGAAGAUCUCAGAAAUGAAGUGCUCCAGUUCAACACAAACUGCCCGGAAUGCAAUGCCCCAGCUCAGACCAACAUGAAGCUAGUACAAAUCCCCCACUUUAAGGAGGUUAUCAUCAUGGCCACCAUCUGUGAGAACUGUGGUCAUCGGACCAAUGAGGUGAAAUCUGGAGGAGCAGUGGAGCCCUUGGGUACCAGGAUCACCCUCCACAUCACAGAUCUGUCAGACAUGACCAGAGACCUCCUCAAGUCUGAAACAUGUAGUGUGGAAAUCCCAGAGCUGGAAUUUGAGCUGGGAAUGGCUGUCCUUGGGGGCAAGUUCACUACCUUGGAAGGGCUGCUGAAAGAUAUCCGGGAACUGGUGACCAAGAACCCUUUCACACUGGGUGACAGUUCCAGUUCUGGCCAGUCGGAGAAAUUGCAGGAGUUUAGCCAGAAGUUGGACCAGAUCAUUGAGGGCGGCAUGAAGGUCCACUUUAUUAUGAACGACCCAGCAGGAAACAGUUACUUGCAGAACGUGUAUGCACCUGAAGAUGAUCCGGAGAUGAAGGUGGAGCAUUACAGGCGCACCUUUGACCAGAACGAGGAGCUAGGACUCAAUGACAUGAAGACGGAGGGCUAUGAGGCAGGCCUGUCCCCACAGCGGUAGUGGUGGGCUGCUGACAGCCAGUUCCAGUGCUGCUCCUACACAGGACUAUUUAUUACUGUUGGAAUAAAGCUGGGAGUGUCCUCCCUCCCCCUCCCCCAUGGUGGGAACCCCUGGCUGGUGUCGGAGAUCUAGGAAGACUUCCUAAACAGCUUGCGAUGCAAGUGCAAGCCUGUUGUGUUACUUGACCUUAUUUUGGAGGUUUUGAAUUGAUCUGGGAAGAAACCCAGAAAUGAAAUAGAGCAUGUCGUCAUCACUUUGUUCCUAUCUCUUCACCUUCCCUCCAUGGUGUUCUGUCUUCUAGGGUUGGAACUCUGAAGUUGGCAAAGAUGAAAAGCAACUAAAGGUGGGGUUUGGGAGUUGGUUUGGGGCAUAUAAAGUCCUGGCUUUUCAAAGGAAUUCUGAGGGGAGAAGUCCGCACAGGUGAAGAAGUUAUUAAAAUGUUGGGUUUCAAACAACA